UUUUAGGCUAGUUUUGGGCUAUAUGACGUUUGUAGUUGGCGUUAAAUGAAAAUCUGGUAAUACGGCAGUAAUCCUGUCUUUGGCUUUCUACAGUUAAGAUGAAGGUGAAAGGAUCUCUCCGUGAAUACAAAGUAAUUGGGAGACGUUUGUCUUCUGAAAAAGAGCCAAAUCCUCCUCUGUAUCGAAUGAGAAUAUUUGCUCCUGAUAAAGUAACUGCUAAGUCAAGAUUCUGGUAUUUUACUAGAAAAUUGAAAAAAUUAAAAAAAACACAAGGUGAAAUUGUUUGUAUAGCAGAGAUGUAUGAUAAAACUCCAACUAAAGUGAAGAAUUUUGGAAUUUGGCUUAGAUAUAAUUCUCGAACUGGUACUCAUAACAUGUAUCGAGAAUAUCGUGAUUUGACUGUGGCAUCAGCAGUUACUCAAUGCUAUAGAGAUAUGGGAGCAAGGCAUCGUGCACGUGCUGAUUCCAUUCAAAUAAUAAGAGUGGAAGAAAUUCCUGCCUCAAAAUGCCGCCGACCUCAUGUAAAACAAUUUCAUGACAGCAAGAUUAAAUUUCCAUUGCCGUCUCGAAUCAACAGAAAGUUCCACAAACCACGUUUUACUACAGUGAGACCAAAUGCUAAAUUCUAAUCUUUAUUAGAAAUAUAUGAUAUAUCAAUAAACUGAUUGAUGAAUAUGA